GCCAGGUCACCGUUCCACGCGCCCCGCGGGCCGCCGGACUACAUUUCCCAGGAGGCGCCGCGGCCGCGCCGCACCACGUCCGGCUGCGAAGAUGGCGGCUUCCUAGCGAGUCGGCAGCCCAGUCGGAGGGAGGCUGAGGCUACGUUGCAGGUUACAGAAAACCCAACUCAAUCUAUCUGAAGCAAGAAAGGGGAAUUAGUGGCGUAUAGACUGGCUCCAGGUGCUCAGAACUCUGCCCGCUGUUCUCUGGGGCAGAAUUCUGGCUUCCCCCAUCCCUGCUUCAUCCAGCCACUCAGGAGCCAUGGAGAUGGCAGAGCCCAGCAGCCCCACCGAGGAAGAAGAGGAGGAGGAGGAGGAAGAGCAGUCAGUGGAGCCAAGGCCCCGUACACGCUCCAACCCUGAGGGGGCUGAGGACCGGGCACUGGGGGCCCAGACCAGUGUGGGAAGCCGAAGUGAGGGUGAGGGCGAGGCGGCCAGUGCGGAUGAUGGGACCUCGAACGCUCUGGGAGCUGGCCCCAAGCCCUGGCAGGUGCCCCCACCAGCCCCUGAGGUCCAGGUGCGGACACCAAGGGUCAACUGUCCAGAGAAGGUGAUCAUCUGCCUGGACCUGUCGGAGGAAAUGUCACUGCCAAAAUUGGAGUCAUUCAACGGCUCCAAAACCAACGCUCUCAAUGUCUCCCAGAAGAUGAUUGAGAUGUUUGUGCGGACAAAACACAAGAUUGACAAAAGCCAUGAGUUUGCACUGGUGGUGGUGAACGAUGACACCGCCUGGCUGUCUGGACUGACCUCCGACCCCCGUGAGCUCUGCAGCUGCCUCUACGACCUAGAGACGGCCUCCUGCUCCAACUUCAAUAUGGAAGGUCUCUUCAGCCUCAUUCAACAGAAGACGGAGCUGCCAGUCACGGAGAAUGUGCAGACGAUCCCACCCCCAUAUGUGGUCCGUACCAUCCUUGUCUACAGCCGUCCACCCUGCCAGCCCCAGUUCUCCCUGACUGAGCCCAUGAAGAAAAUGUUCCAGUGCCCAUAUUUCUUCUUUGAUGUUGUUUACAUCCACAAUGGCACCGACGAGAAGGAGGAGGAGAUGAGCUGGAAGAAGAAGCCCAGGAACCUUUGCCUCUCACACAAACCCAGCUUCAGAGAGAAGAACUACCUGCCUUCUGCACUGAAAUGCCUGCCUGCCAGCAUUGUAUUCUGUUGGGUGAGCCAAUUCAUAUAAAGGAAUUCCUGGAAUCAUAUUUCAACCAACAGGAUGGAGAUAACCUCUUUGUCCAAUCGGAGCUGAGGAACUAUAGUCUCUGUUAGCAUCUUUAAAAAAUAUAUAAAUAUAUAUUUUUUUAUUGAUUUCAGAGAGGGAGAAAUAGAAACAUCAAUGAUGAGAAUCACUAAUUGGCUGCCUCCUGCAUGCCCCACACUGGGGAUCGAGCCCACAACCCAGGCAUAUGCCUUGAUGGAGAAUUGAACUGUGACCUCCUGGUUCUUAGCUCUGUUAGCAUCUUUGAUGAAUCAGAAUGGCUCCACUCCUUAGUGCUUUUUGGGCCAAUCAAACUGAUGGUUUGGGGUACUAAUUUGCAUGAGAACAGGCUAAUUAAGGGUCAGGGGCUGGGGCUUCCCUAUGUAAGUUCCAUUAUGGCUGGGCAAUGCUUGUUCCUUUUCCACCAAAGACUGAUUCCUUGGCUGGAGCUGAAACAAUUUGCCAGAGGGCUGUGUUGUUCUAUUUUGAGGUGUUUGCUCUGAAUAAAGUAUCUUCUUUCACUGCACCCUA